AUGGUGACUGGUGUGGCUGGCACGCAGGCUCAUCCUGCAAACAUGAGCUCAAAUAGCGACCAGAAAAAAGGAGACAAUAGAAGAAUCACUUUUAGCACAGAUAAUCAAAAGGUAAUAAUCUCAAGGGCCCAUGAAAUUGUUGGCCUUGCCAGCCCUGAAGCGCCAGACAAUCAUGAUUCACGCCGCGUGGGUGGACGGAGUGGGCACCCGGUACCCGUAGGCUAA